AUGGUGGCGUUAACCGAGGACGAGGACGUCGUCGCGGAUGUCGAGACGGAAACGCGAGCGCGAGAGAUGGAGUUAGAGCUCGCGGCCGCGGUCCAGGCUUGGUCCGCGGCGCUCGAUGCGGACGAUCCUAACGAGGAGUCCGACGCCGCGUUCCAGUGGCUCAACGUCGCGCGCACGUACUUGAGGCUGACGUCCAAGGAGGGGUCUGCGAUCGUGCGCGCGAUCGACGCGGUCAACACACACCGCCGCGCGGUCAACCCACAUGCGGCAUACGGGUACGUGUACACGCUCGACGUCUUGCCGGUGCUCGCGCCUCUGAUAAAAAACCCUGACGACGCCUUAGCGAAGGGCGUUCGGGUCUUGGUCGCCGCGGACUUCGCGUGCGCGCUAGCGUCGAAGGACGAGGCGACGGGCUCGCACGAUCACUACGGGGAUGCGAUGACGCUCCUCGCGGCGGCGCCGUCGGUGACCGCGGCGCCUCCGCCGCCCGUGGACCCGCUCACGAACGCUCCGGUGUCGUCCCGUUCCAUCUGCGCGCGCGUCUUCCCCGACGGGAAGGCGUCGACGUCGGACCACGCGCGCGCGAAGAUCCGACGCGCGUCGGAAGGCUUGCAGCUGUGCAGAGAGCUCGGCCUCGGCGGCCGCCGCCGCCGCCGCCGCCGGCGCGUUCUGGACCCCGUCGCGCGCGGCCGCCGCGGUCGGGGAGGACCUGCGCGAUAG